CCGUUUGAAGACCUCAGUGGGUCGCGGGGGUGUCUAGCUAUGGCUGCUCGGGGAUCGGGGGCCGCCCAGAGCCUGGGGUGCCGCGCUGGACGCUGAAUUACAGUGCAGGCAGAGCGUAGAAGCGAGCGACCGUCGGGGCGCCUGCAGUGGAGGAGCGAGGCGCACCAUGCGCCCCUGCCCGCCGCCGCUGCGGGUGCCGGUGCUGCUACUGGUGCUGCUAUCCGGCGCCGCACGCACGGUUGGAGUCCUGCCCCGCCUGUGUGAUGUGCUACGUGUGAUGCAGGAGGAGCAGACCCAGUGCCUGCAGGAGCUCUCCAGAGACAGAGAGGAUGCGAGCCUGGAGCUGCCAGUGCCAGGCUGUGAGGGGCUGUGGGACAACAUGAGCUGCUGGCCCUCGUCUGCACCAGGACAGAUUGUGGAAGUGGAGUGCCCCAGGUUCUUCCAGAUGCUCACCGGCAGAAAUGGGUCCCUGUUCCGAAACUGCACCCAAGAUGGCUGGUCAGAAACCUUCCCCAGGCCUGACCUAGCCUGUGGGGUCAACGUGAAUGAUUCCUCCAAUGAUAAACGGCACGAGUAUCUGCUGAAGUUGAAGGUCAUGUACACAGUGGGCUACAGUUCCUCCCUGGUGAUGCUCCUGGCCGCCCUCAGCAUCCUGUGUGCUUUCCGCAGGAGGCUGCACUGCACCCGCAACUACAUCCACAUGCACCUGUUCGUGUCCUUCAUCCUGAGGGCCCUGUCCAACUUCAUCAAGGAUGCUGUGCUCUUCUCCUCGGAUGACGUCACCUAUUGCGAUCCCCACCGGGUGGGCUGUAAACUGGUCAUGAUCUUCUUCCAGUACUGCAUCAUGGCCAACUAUGCCUGGUUGCUGGUGGAAGGCCUCUACCUUCACACACUCCUGGCCAUCUCCUUCUUCUCAGAAAAGAAGUGCCUGCAAGGAUUUGUCACCCUUGGAUGGGGUUCUCCAGCCAUUUUUGUUGCAUUAUGGGCUAUCACCAGGUACUUUCUGGAAGAUGUUGGGUGUUGGGACAUCAAUGCCAAUGCUACCAUCUGGUGGGUCAUUCGAGGUCCUGUGAUCCUCUCCAUCCUGAUCAAUUUCAUCUUCUUUAUAAACAUUCUAAGAAUCCUAAUGAGAAAACUUAGAACCCAAGAAACAAGAGGAAGUGAAAUGAACCAGUACAAGGGCUGGUCGUGGCCAUCCUCUACUGCUUCCUCAACAGCGAGGUACAGCUGGAAGUUCAGAAGAAGUGGCGACAGUGGCACCUGCAAGAGUUCCCGCUGCGCCCCGUGGCCCUCAGCUCCUCCUUCAGCAAUGGCCCCAUCCAUGGCACCAAGAGUCAAAGCACCUGCAGGGCCAGUGUCAUCUGAGACUGCAGCAGGACUGCCUAGGGUCAGAGGUCAAGCCAGGAGCUGGGAGGCCCAGGCAUGCUACAGGACAGGUAUCUUCCCAACAGCAGCCACCCUGUGCUCUCCAGUGACUGCAUGCAUCCCUCCCCUCAAGUGCAGGACUCCUCAGAAGCAAGCAGAAGGAACUUGGGGGCAGCACGGGGAGGACAAGGGCCCAGGACUUUGUGUAUAGUGCUCUUCUGGGAAGGACAGUGUAGGAGCUCCAUGGUGGGCAGAAGAAUAAAUGGUGCCUGGGAAGAGAUUUGGUCUGUCUUUGUCAAGUCUUUUUGCUCUGGAACACAAGAGGAGGAAAAAUACUUGGGCUCACUUCCUGCAGGAGGGGGGCAACUCUUGGCCCUCAGCUCAUGUUUCAGACACCAUGAGAAUUCAAGGCCUCAGGCACAUGCCAUCUGUGAGCCCUGCAAUUCACUGGUGUAGUAGCUCUCCCCAGAGCUUUCAAGGCCCAAGGUAAACUGAUCUGAUGCAGUCAUGGGGACCCUAGCCUCUUGUAGAAUCCCCGCAUGGUGUGAGGCAUGUGGGAUGUGGGGGUGGGGAGGAGAAGGUGGUAUAGCAGGAAGUACUGCAUACUUCCACUGGCUGGGAAGGUGGCUCAGUGGUACAGUGCUUGCCUUGAAUG